AUGUCGAGAAACCUGGCUGAGGUCAGCGAACCAUGGUACCUUCAGACCAGCGUGAUGAUGGCCUCAGAGCAUUACCUGCAUCCUCUUGACCUUGAGCAAGGCGAUGAAAAGAGGACCUUCCACCAGAAAUAUUCCCCAAGCUUGAGGACCAUGAUCCCUGUCCGGCUGCAGGCGAGAUCUGCUGCAAAUCCAGUAGAUGAUGCCGGACUACUCUCGUUCGCCACGUUUUCUUGGAUUUCAUUCCUAAUGUUCCAAGGAUACCGGCACAACAUCAACGUGGCCACCUUGCCCCCUCUCUCUUAUCAUGAUAGUUCAGAACCAAAUGCCCAAAGAUUUAGGAUCCUCUGGGAAGCAGAGUUAGCCAAAGCUGGGCCAGAGAAGGCGUCUCUGGGCAAAGUGGUGUUCCAGUUUCAGCGGACAAGGAUCUUGGUGGACACACUCGCAAUCUUCACCUGGAUUAUUUUUGGCGCUUUAGGACCAACGGUGGUCAUCUACAGCAUCCUUCGGUACAAUGAGAGUGGCUCCACAGAUCUGGUCACAGGAAUCGGUCUCUGCAUAGCGCUUUUUUGCACAGAGUUUUCCAAAGUCAUGUUCUGGGCCUUGACUUGGGCCAUCAACUACCGCACUGCCAUCAGACUAAAAGUUGCCGUGUCAACCAUCGCUUACGAGAAACUGCUGGCCUUUAAGACGUUGACAUGCAUCUCCUUUGGCGAAGUGAUCAAUUUGGUAGCCAACGAUGGGUAUCGAAUGUUCGAAGCGGCCUUAUUUUGCCCUCUCCCCCUUGCCGUCCCUCUGCAGAUGACCAUCUGUACCAUCUAUUCCUGCCUCAUCCUAGGCCCAACAGCACUCAUUGGGAUGUUUGUUUAUAUUGUAUUCAUACCUGUGCAGAUGCUCAUGGCCAAGCUCACCUCCAUGUUCCGAAGAGCCGCCAUGGUGGUCACGGAUAAGCGCGUGCGCACCAUGAACGAGAUCUUAACGUGCAUCAAGCUGAUCAAAAUGUACGCUUGGGAGAAGUCCUUUGCGGAAGCCAUCAGAGGCAUCAGGAAAGCAGAGCAGAAAAUACUGAAAAAGGCGGGAUAUGUGCAAAGCGUGAACACUGCCCUUACGCCAAUCGUAUCCACCCUGGCGAUUGUCAUGACGGUCUCCUUCCACACCCUUUUAAAGAAUGAGCUAACAGCCUCUGCUGCCUUCAGCGUGAUCGCAAUGUUUAACGUCAUGAAGUUUUCUAUUGCCAUCUUCCCAUUCUCCGUGAAAGCAGCAGCAGAAGCCAACAUUUCUUUUAAAAGACUGAAGAAAAUCCUCACCAUGAAACCUCCUUCUGAAUAUGUCACGGCAUUGAAGGACCCCCCAAAUGCCGUGCUGCUGGAAGAUGCCACCUUGUCCUGGAGAGGUUCCUCCAGUGAACACAACAUCGGAAGUAACAAGGAGACCCUUCCCAAUGGGGAAAGCGUCUGCAAAUAUCAGUCGGUGCCAGAGACGGUUGCCUCUCUCUCUCAGGUGUCCGUCUCUGGGAAGCAGAGCAGUGGUUGCACAGGCCUGCGUGGCAUAAGCUUUACGGUACAGAAAGGCAAGGCUUUGGGAAUUUGCGGCCAUGUAGGAAGUGGAAAGAGCUCCGUCAUCGCAGCCAUAUUAGGGCAGAUGUGCCUGUACAAGGGGACGGUGGCUGUGGAUGGCACUCUGGCUUACGUCUCACAGCAGCCGUGGAUCUUCCAUGGGACGAUCAGAGAAAACAUCCUUUUUGGAGAUCCAUACGAAGAACAGAGGUACCAUCACGCGAUCCAAGUCUGCAGCCUGAAGACUGACAUCAAACGGCUUCCGUACGGCGAUCUGACUGAAGUAGGGGAACGGGGAAUCAACCUUUCCGGAGGCCAAAAGCAGCGAAUCAGCCUGGCCCGCGCUGUGUAUGCCAACAGGGAUAUUUAUUUAUUGGACGAUCCCUUAUCAGCAGUUGAUGCACAUGUCGGGAAGCGCAUUUUUGAAGACUGCAUCAAAGAAGCCUUGCGAGAGAAGACCAGGCUCCUCGUGACCCACCAGCUCCAGUAUUUAGAAUUUUGCGAUGAAAUCAUAUUGCUAGAAGAUGGAGAAAUAUGCGAGAGUGGUACCCACACAGAACUGGUGGAAGCAGAUGGGCGCUACGCACACCUCAUUCAAAACCUGCACAGGGUGGAGGCAACGCCUGCUUUUGGAAGAGCAAAGACCAUUUUGCCUGACUCUUUUCUCCUAUCCCCAGCUUUUAACCCAUCUGAGGAGACAGAUCAGGAAUCCAAGAAAGACCUCAGUGCAGGACGAGAGGCAGCUCCUGCAAGCCAACUUGUCCAAGAAGAAGAGAAGAAGGAAGGGGCUGUUACGUGGAAGACGUACCAUGCUUAUAUUACCGCAUCUGGAGGCUUCCUGUUGUGGUUCUUCAUCGUGCUUCUCUUUGCCCUCAUGGUUGGCUGUUCGGCCUUCAGCAACUGGUGGCUGAGUUUCUGGCUGAAGCAAGGUGCUGGGGUGAACUGCAGCUUUGCACAGAACACAACCUGCAGUGCGGGAAGCAUCCCUGAUCAUCCUCGGUUACAGUUCUACCAGCUGGUCUACAGCAUGGGCAUCAUUUCCAUGGUCAUGCUGAGCUUCGUCAAAGGCUUGGUCUUUACCAAGACGACCUUACGGGCUUCAUCUACUCUGCAUGACACCGUGUUUCACAAGAUCUUACAGAGCCCAAUGAGUUUCUUUGAUACGACUCCCACUGGCAGAGUAAUGAACCGGUUUUCUAAGGAUAUGGAUGAGUUGGACGUGAGGCUGCCAUUUCACGCUGAGAAUUUUCUGCAGCAGUUGUUCAUGGUGCUCGCCAUCCUCGUCAUCAUGGCCGUCGUGUUUCCUUCCCUCUUAAUCGUAGCAGCUCUCCUAACUGUGCUUUUCAUUCUGCUCUUUCAGGUUUUUCAGAACACCAUCCGAGGGCUCAAACGCAUUGAGAACAUCAGCAGGUCUCCGUGGUUUUCUCUGAUCACAUCUUCCAUCCAAGGCCUUAGCACAAUCCAUGCCUUCCAAAAGAAAGAAGACUAUAUCAAUCAGUUUAAAAUGCUGAAUGAUGAAAACUCCAGCCAUUUCAUGCUGUUUAACUAUGCACUGCGGUGGUUUGCCGUGCGGGCGGAUAUCCUGAUGAAUGCCAUGACCUUGAUCGUCGCUCUCUUUGUAGUCCUCAGCCCUUCAUCCAUCAGCGCCGCAGAAAAAGGCUUGGCUUUAUCUUACAUUAUCCAGCUAGGUGGACUUCUUCAGGUGUGUGUGAGAACAGGAACAGAGACGGAAGCCAGAUUUACUUCCGUCGAGCAAAUCACAGAGUACAUCACGACAUGCGUUCCUGAGACAUCGAAGGAUGCUGCGGUGGUCAGCCCGCCUGGGAGCUGGCCUGAUAAGGGUCAAAUCACAUUCCAGCAAUACUGGAUGAAGUACCGAGCAAGCAGCCCCAUGGUGCUCCGGGACAUAGAUGUGGUCAUCCACGGAAAAGAAAAAAUUGGGGUUGUGGGUCAGACGGGCUCAGGAAAAUCUUCCCUAGGGGUUGCCUUGUUUCGACUGGUGGAACCGGCCGCUGGCACUAUCCUAAUUGAUGGCAUCGAUAUCUGUACCAUUAGCUUGGAAUCCCUAAGAACGAAGCUGUCUGUCAUCCCUCAAGAUCCGGUUCUGUUUGUAGGUACAGUCAGGUACAACUUGGAUCCUUUUCACGACCACUCCGACGAUCAGCUCUGGCAAGCUCUGGACCGGACCUUCAUGAAGGGCACAGUUUCAAAACUGCCGGGAAAACUCGAAGCAGAGGUUGCUGAAAAUGGAGAAAAUUUCUCUGUAGGGGAACGACAGCUACUCUGCAUGGCGAGAGCACUGCUACGAAACUCAAAAAUUAUACUUCUUGAUGAGGCCACGGCCUCCAUUGAUUCCGAGACGGACUUACAGAUUCAGAGGACCAUAAAAGAAGCUUUUGUGGAUUGCACGGUCUUGACCAUUGCUCAUCGUAUAAAUACCAUCCAAGAGUGUGACCGUGUUCUGGUGAUGGACAGCGGAAAGGUAGCCGAAUUUGGCAAACCGGACGAGCUCGCUCAGAAUCCUGAUUCUGCAUUUGCAUUGCUUUUAGCUGCGACAAGCGAAGUCGUGUCAGAGGACAAGGAAAUAUUUGCGUCUGCUUUCAGUGCAGACCUUGGAAAAUGA